GAUUGGUGUAUUAGUAAUAUUAUACUAUUAUAUAAGUUUCCUUUUCAUCCAUUCAUUCAUAUUCAUAUAUGCUUCAACAUUUCAUGGGUCAUUCUCUUUCCCUAUGGAGCUCCGAAUCCUAACCUUCUUCACUCUCUCCAACCCACUCGCCUCCAUGCUCUCUUUCUUCUCUUUCUCCCUCCUCCACCACCGGACGAAAACAUUCAACUGUUUUGUGGUUCUGUUGUUUACUUUGUUUUCUGUAUCUGCAUAUGGGUUGUGCUCGGCCAAUGUGAGACUGAAUUCAUCGGAAUAUGAUGUGUCGGGGAAAAUAUGCAAUUCGGGUUUUACAGACACUGUUACUGAUGGCAGUGGUUUUCAAAAUGUAUGUCAAGACACACAUUCACUCUGUGUUCCUUCGAACGAUGAAAAGAGAAGUCCUAAAGCGGCUUCUUUUGGAGGUUCUGGUAAUCAGUGCAAUGGUUCGUUUUGUUCAGGGUUAGCUCGAGAUAGCGAGGUGACAAGUAACGUGAAAGGCUUAUUGCUAUUCCCUGAUGUUGGUAUUCAUGUUAGCAUUAUUUAUUGUGGUAAUCUGCGCACUGAUUUAUAUAACAUGCCACCCGAAGUAUCCAACUUGAAAGAGAAUUGCAAAUUGAUUAUUCUUAAUAAUGACACAACUAGUCCCGAGGUUGAGAUUCCGUGUGAAAACGCAAUGCAUAUUUGUUUGGAGCAUCAAAGGCUUUCAUUUGUAGGGAUAAAAGAUAAAACCAAACUUGACAGUUCUGGCAGUAUGAGGGCUGAGUAUGUGGUCGGAAACAAGGAUUUGCCACCAAAUGUUAAGGCAACAGAGACAGCAGAUGUAGAUGAAUUAGUUUUUGGAAAGUGGGUGUCUCAAGGAACCACUAAUGCCAUUUCUGUGCUUGAAGACGACGAGGUGAUAUUCUCAACGGUUCAAGUUGGAAGUUAUGUCUCAAGGUGGAUCACUGUAAAGAAUCCUAGCCAUCAUCCAGUUAAGAUGCAGCUUAUCUUGAAUACAGAAGAAAUAAUCGAUGAAUGCAGGGGUCCGGAUGAUAUAUUACACAACUUUUCAGCUGGUAAUUUAGUUAUAGAUGAAGUUAUUUCUGAAGCAAAGCAUGGAUUCUCAGUGCCGAAGAGUGCGGUAAGAGAGGCUUAUGUGAAACCAUUUGAUUAUACAACUUUAGGGCCGAUAAUUUUUUAUCCAUCCAAGCGAUGUAGAUGGAAUGGUUCAGCGUUGAUCAGAAACAAUCUUACCGGGGUUGAGUGGAUACCAUUAAGGGGUACUGGAGGGCUGUGUUCCCUAGCUUUACUUGAGAGGUCUGAGCAUGUUCAGAGUAUAAAUUUUGAUCUUAAAGUGCACAAUCUCCUCAGUUUCUCCCUGAAGUAUCCCGUACUUGAAAUGAAAGACAUGAUUUCUUCCUGCUCACAGCCUUUAGUGAAAGAGAUAUAUGCCAAGAACACAGGAGACAUGCCAUUGGAGGUGAAAACAAUGAGAGUUUCUGGUAGAGAAUGUGGGUUGGAUGGUUUUAAGAUUCAUGAUUGUAAAUGUUUUGCUCUUGAUCCAGGGGAGUCAAUAAAGUUACUGAUAUCAUACCAAACUGAUUUUUCUGCUGCUAGGGUUCAUCGUGAUCUUGAACUUGCUUUGGCUUCUGGCAUUUUUCUAAUACCUUUGAAGGCAAGUGUCCCAUAUGAUGUGCUAGGUAACUGUAAGAAGUUCGUGUUUUGGACGCGAGUGAAAAAAUGGUUGAUUGGAUUCGCUCUUGUUGCAUCCUUAUUUUUGAUGUUUUUCUUUGAUUGCUUGUGCAAUAAUCACAAUAACUCCUUUCGCAUCACCUUGAGACAUAACGAGGAAACCCCUCUACUGCCUUGUAAUCAGGGAAAUGAUAGCUUAUCUAUGUCUGAUAGAACAAAUAAUAUGUUUUGCUCAGUUGGAGAAGACACAACCUCGACAAUGCGGGCCACCUCUGCCAGAUAUUCGUAUGAUCUAAAUGAAACCUUUGAUCAGGAAACAUCUCAACAUUUGACGCAGAAUUCAAAAAACCAUAAACAGAUUAGUCAUAUUUUGGAUACUCCAAAAGAAGGAAAGUCGCCAACUACUGCAGUUCAGAGCUCUGAUGUUGGGAAACCAUCUCAACAGGGUGACCUAAAAAUCAAAACAAGAAAAGAAAAAAGUAGAAGAAAGAAGAAUAAGAGUAUUUGUGUGAAAUCAACCGCGGUGUCUGAAGUUUCAAGCAGUCGAAGUGGGAAUUCUACACCCUCAUCACCCUUGUCCCCAGUUGCCCCUGCAUCAAGCAAAUCUAGCAGGCCAUUGUCUCCUGAUGUGAAGCAACCCCCUCUUUUAGGAUCCCAAAAACCUAAAAAAAUCCAAGCUUCUACAUCUGCUGCAAAGGCGAAUACAUUGAAGCAAAGAGUUCCAGUAAAGUCGUGCAGUGACAAUGUUUCUUCUCCAAAAGUUUCACAUUCACCUUCAACAAGUAAUGCUACUACACCCUUGAAGAUGUUUUGUGCUGCUUCUCCCAUGCUUGGUAUACCUCCUCCUUCCUCCUUGGUGUCAACAUCUAGUGUUAGCUUAAGUUGUCGAGCUCCGGGAUCGAAGCUUGACAAGCAAAAGACUGUUGUAGCACCACAGGCAGGGCAUGCAGAAGAGUAUACAUAUGAUAUCUGGGGUGGCCAUCUUUCAGGGAUUCAUUUAUUAGUUCCAAAAGAUGUUACUUGUAUGAAAUCUAGUCCUGCUGAAAAGAACUUCAACAGCUUCUUUGUUGGGGAGCCACAGGCAAUAAAAUAAAAUGGCUAUUUAAGCUGAUAACAUAA